AUGGAUAGGUUGAGCGAGUUGAGGGGUGAGGCGGGGAGUUCGCAGGACUCCACACUGGACACCACGUCCUCUCCAACUGAGGCUUUCAUGACCGCCAACGAGAGCUCUUCAAAGUUUUAUUCUCUGUCAGAAGUUGACGCUACAUUCGACAUUUCGUGCAUGAAAGAUGACAUUUCUUCCAUAAAAGAUGUAUCGCUGGCUACAACCACCUCCGAAGCUGAAGGUACUAUGACUAACUCCGAUGAGUUAAUAUCAAAUUUAUCACCGAUUAGGAAAAAAACUGAUUUAGACACCUUCAAAAUUCACUCCCAUAUUGAAGCAGCAAACAUUUUAUCAGGUGGUGUAGCCAUUUUUGAUGACAACUCUUAUGACGGUAGUGAACUGGUGAUAGAUGACAAUGUAGAAGUAGAUGAGAAGUCCAACCCGGAGCUUAAGCAAACUGAGAACUUGGAGUUUAAAUCAGAUGAGAAUAUAGAAACUGGUCUUAUAAGUGAGGAGACGGACAUAGGAAGUAAAGACACUGAAGUAUUGCUACAAAUUGAUGGUAAAAAUGUUGAUGCUAUAGAUAUUGGUAAUGGAUUAUACUUGUACAGGAAAGAGGGUCAAGAAGAACUGGCUGCAGUUCAGAUCAUUGAUAAUGACCAGCAGCAACCCAGUUUUAAGUUCCUCAAAGUCCGUGAAAAUGCUGAGGGCAACUUAGAGGUUUAUGAAGAAAUAGAAGUUGAAGUCUCCAAGGAAGUGCCUGCUAAAGAAUCUAAGACAGUUGAUAGAAGUACACCAUCUCAUGUCCCUAUAAGGGAUAUAAACAAGGUCAUUAGUGACUCUACCUGUAAUAGAGCAACAGAUAAACAAAUCAAAGUACCAAAAAAAGAACCAAUAAUAAGUACUAUAGUAGAAAAUGAGAAUAAAGAACUUUUACCAGAGAGCAAAUCGGAGGUUAAUUUUAAUGGUAAAAUGAUGAAGCUUAGCGAAUCUAGGAAAUCACCAGUUAUAGGCAGUUAUACACCUAUGACAUACCAUUCUACUCCUAAGAAAGAAGGUAUACCAUUGACAAAAACAAUGGUAGACCAACAGCUACAUCCUAACAGGCACUCAGACCUCUCUAACAAUAAAAAGACUAUCGAAGUUCAUACAGAUAGUGGUAAAAAAACCAUUGAAACACCAUCAAAAUCCAAAGACAUAGAUGACACUAAGAUUAAUGAAGUUUUACCUACUGAGAAAGAAAUAAUAACUACUGAUAAAGAUGUUAUUAAUCUUGAAACAAAUAAUAAGAAUAUUAUGGUAGAUAAAGAGAAAGGUGAAAGAAAAUGUGAAAUAAAAGAAAGUUCCGAAAAGAGUAAACUUAUUGAAAAAGAUAUUGAUGAUAAGAUUAUCAAAGAUAUUUCAGAACAGAACAAGGAUAUUCGAAUAAAACAAGACGGUUCUAUUGAUUCUACAGAAAAUAAGGUAGCUAAUAAACAAAUAGAAAUUACUUCACCAUUAAAUCCUACCCUUGGAGAAAAAGAUAUUGAAGCAAAUGAAGUAGUUAAUGAGGAAAGUGUCCCAUUUAAUGAUAAAAUUGAGGAACUAAUUGAUGAAACAAAAACACCUUUGGAAAUGAAUGAUAACACAGAAGUAACUUUGGUGACAGACCUGUCUAAUAAUGAAAGUAAAGCAGUUUGUGAAGAUAAUACUCUAAUUGAGCAAAAAGAAUCUAAAAAAGAAAACGAUGUCGAGAAAACUGAGACGGCUACCAGUGAAACCAUUGUUAUUGAGGAUGAUGAUGAUGUAAGUAUUGUUGAAGUUGUGGUAGAAAACAAAAAUGAGAACGAGAAUACAGUUGCUGAUAGCAAGAGCAAGGCACAAGUAGACGAAAAUAAUGAAGGUAAUCUGAAAAUAUGUGUGACUACUGCAAUUCCUAGUAUGGAUAACAGAGAAACUGAAGAAAUAACUAUAAGAGAUGCAGAUAUUAUUGUUGUAGAAUCUGUUACCACAACAUCAAUCGUUACGGAUUCUGGGGUUCAGCCUAAACUGAAAAAUGAAACAGUUAUACCCGAAAAAGAGCUUAAAAAACCAUCGAUGUCUUCCAAUAUUAAAGAGGACACAGUAGCUCCACCAGUUCAAGGUAAACCAACAAAUAAUGAAGUUGCUUCUAUGGAAAUUAUGAAUAAGGAUAUUUCAUACAAAGAUAACGAAAAUGUUCUAGUGAAGCCAUCUGUAAAUGACUUAAAACAAAUAGAUCUGCUUCCUAAUGUCGCUGAUGAUAUACAAAAUAACAAACCAAUGGAAUCUUCAGAAAAGAAAAAUGCUGCUCCAAAAGAUGGGACAGGAAAACACGUCUUCGCAGCUAACAUAUCUCCUUUAUUAGAGCAAAAGCAACAGUCUUUAGUCACCUCUAGAGUAGGGUCAAUAAAAUCAGGAUUGCCAGAAAAAACGGAAGAAAAGAACCCCUCCCCAUCUAUCAAUGACAUCAGAACAGUCAAUAAAUUUGUGGAACAGAAUAGAGAAAAGAAGUUAUUUGAUGUGCAUUCAAAAAAUAUUCCUUCAAAACCAAUUCAGGUCACUGGAUCUACGCCUGUCGUGGCACAAAUGCAAGUAUAUUCUAUUAACGCACCUCCUCAACAUUUGAAUAAAAAUAAGGCUGUAAGCAUAGUCAACAGUGCAACAGAGCUUAGAAAAAAUACAAUUCCAUUGCCCAUUAAAAAUAUUACAGUAGAUAAGCCUCGACCUGCACUUGAUAUGAAAUCUUCAUUUACUAAUCAACGAAAUGAUAAAAAUGAAGUCAAGGUACCCCCAAAAGUACGUGAAAAAGCUAGUUGUGUGAUGAAUAUUGAAAUAAGUAAGGUGCCAAAGGUAGAAUCAGUUAAAACUAGUACAUUAGUCAAACAAACUGACCAUAGUAUGGACAGUAAACUGAAUAGCCAAGGCUUGAAAAAUAAAAUUGAACCAAAAGAUAAAAAGGAAGUUUCUAAAAUGACUGAAUCAAAACCAAUAAACAAUAAUCAUGCAGCAGUGCCUUUCGGUAAAUGGACAGAGGCUAACAAACAAGAAUUCUUAAAUAAAUUCAAAACUAAAACAGCUGUUAUUUCAUCCAAUAGUAACCAGCUUAAAAAUUCCAAUGAUUUGAAUAGAAGAGAUGUUCUUAAGAAAAUCGACAGUCAAAGACAAUCUAGUACUGCUUUAUCAAAAACUCAAGAAGCCAACAAGAAUACCAUGAAAUCAGAAAUAACUUUUUCGAAUAAACCCAAUAUAAUAAUUAAAGAAAGCACACAAGGAAGUAAAAUAUUACAAAAUACUGAUAUAACGGAAGUGAAACCAAAACCUACGGCUUCUAUAAAUACGACUAAGAUAGAUGUUGUACCAAAGAACCAAAUUGAAUCACAAACAUCUGCUGUGAGCAGUUCAUCUAAAAAAGAAGUUUGUCAGACAAAGGAGAAAGUCCAAAAUUUGAUUGAUAAAACGAUUGAAGGCAUGAUACACCGGAAUACACAUGCUAAUAAGCCACAAAAUGAGCCUAAACAAAAUACAGCAAUAGACCCUAACCCUCCAAAGACAGCAACAAGCACAAUUGACCCUCAAACAAAAAAAAUAAAAAUCAUCCAACAACCAACUUGUGACGCUAAACUAGAUGAAAUAGAAAUGAAAAUGAAUGAGUUACAUGGAAUCCCUUUCAUAGAAAGACCAGCACAUGAAUUGCCACAAGUAUAUAAGCCUGAAACUAAAGCUUAUUCUAUUAUAGAAAAAGAAAAGCUUGCAGUACCAGUCAAAACCAAAAUACCAAAUCUCUUACCAUUCCCUAACAAAACUCAACAAAAAGUUAGUAAAGAAAGCGUAAUAGAAGUAGACUCUGAGGAUGAAAUCAUUGAGCAUGAGCCUAUCACAGGGGAUAUUGAUUUAAACAAGAAAAAUCUAAUAGUAAAACCAUUAGUUAAGGAAAAGUUACCAAUUCAACAAGAAAAGGCAGCAAUUGAAGCGCCUAAAAUAGAAUCCAUAAUUACUGAAAAAGAUUUUGAUAAAUUCGCAAGAAGAAAUUCGAUUACAUGCGAAAAUUAUCUAACAGUAAACUUUGAAGGCAAAGAACCUAACAACGUGGUUCAAACUGUAGUGGAAAAAGAACCAACUCUUAAGAAUUUGUCAAGGAUUGAUACAGGCCGAACUGAUUCGAAGACGAAACUGUCACAUAAAAAUCAAAAUGUACGUCCUUCCACACAAGCAGCGAAACAUCAUCCAGGAAAUACUUUUGUACCAGCAACUGAUGAUGCUUCAAAUAGAAAUCAAUCAAAGUUACAAAAAGCUUAUCAUUCAGCUUUGACAGAGAAACGCCAAAUGGCGUCAGAUUGUGCAAUAACUAUUAUUGAGGAUAAACCAGUUAAGGUACUCUUUGUGAAUAAUGUCGAAUAUGGUCCAACCCAGUUAGAUGUUCAGGGCCAAGACCUUUCACCUGUCAAGAAAACAGUUCCUGACUCGGAUAUAACUGAUAAUAUAUGUAAUUCUUCUCAUACAGAUUUACUAGAUCCUAUUGAUGAUGUUAAAUCACAAGAUGAUGUCAAGGGUAAGACUAAACAUCAAAGGAAACAAGUACUUACUCCUGUUGAAGAACCAGAGUUGGAACUCAUUGAACCUCAAGAUUUAAACAUUGAUGUUUCCCCCAAAAAGAAGAGAAGAAUUGAUGAUGAUAAAAUAGAUAAAAACUUAAAAUAUCCAAUGCGCAAGAAGUAUCUACUCGGUUCUAGUACUGUAACAGAAGAAAAAGUAACUAGCCCUAUUGCAACAGUGAAAAAUCCAUUAAAAGAGACUGUUAACCUCCACGAUAAUGGUGUGGCACAUAAUAAUCCUGUCUCAGCAUUGGAUAGUUUAGUAAAAGCAGCUGAAUUAAUUGAAACUCAAACAGAGACUAUGAACAAUAGCCUUACCUCAAAUUCUGACAGUCACUCAAGUACACCUGUGAAAAGAGGACGGGGUCGUCCAAGAAAAUAUCCUUUAACUCCUGAUGGGACAGUUGACACAAGUAAAGUGACUGCUCCCAGCCCUCAAAAGAAGCCACGACUCAUAGAUGCUAUAAAACCUAAACGGGACGUCACCACUGACGACGACACAGAUAGUGAAGGUGAAAUUAUCAAAGAAAACUGGACAAUGGGCAAAAUUAAUGAAAAUAUCGUAUGCCCAAUUUGUAAUAAACUCUUCAGAACUGAGAACGUAGUUUUUAAACAUGUAAAACAUUGCACAGGCCCAUCGCCUAACAGAUCUGAUUCAGAUAAGAGAAGUCCAAGGAGAACGAGAAUAGACUCUGACAGUAAAUCUCAGGACAGUAAGUCCGAUGAUAUGGAUAUUGAUGACGACAAACCAUUAAUUACACAAAAAGUAAGUCUUAAGAAACGUAAAUCCAAAGAUUCUAGAUCCAAAUCGCUUGAAAAAGAUGAUAUUAUUGUCAUCGAAGACACACCCAUUAAAGAAAAACCCGAAAAAAUUGAGGAACGAAAAACUCAUGUGUCAAGAAAAUUAACGACUAAGAUACCGCUCAAAAACGACAGUUUGGUUUGUGAAUUCUGCGGAAAAAUAUUUAGGCAGCUGUCGUAUUUGGUAAGUCAUAAAUUGCAACACAAAAAAAUACAGAAAGUAGAACCAAGCAAAACGGAAAAGAUUGCUCCGAUUACUGACAAAUCAGUAUACAGUUGUGAAGUAUGUAAAAAGGAGUUUAGAAAAUUGCAUCACUUGGUUCAGCAUCGCAUAAUACAUAACCCCAGCUCAGUAACGGCAAGGUCUUCAAGAAAGAGCUCUUCGGAACACUCGGAAAACAAAGUCGAUAAAGAGCGAAGCACUUCUAAACAAAGUGAUGACCCAAGUGCCGGUUUUCGUUGUGAACCAUGCGAUAAGUCAUUCAGAAAACUACACCAUUUAGUGGAACACAGAGAAACCCACGAUGGUAUAAAUCGACAAAAAACGAUAACAGCUGUUCCGAACAAAGAAGAGAAACCUGUAGAGAAGCCUGUUGUUCUCCACCAAUGUGACAUUUGCAAGAAAACAUUUAAAAAAUUAUCACAUCUAAAUGAGCACAAAGAACAACAUGUUGAAACAAGUUCAGAAAAAUCAGAUGACAAAAGUGUUAAAAGUUCCCUUUCUACUAAAGACAUUAUACACGAAUGUUCACUUUGCUACAUGGUUUUCCCCAAUGAACAUUCACUUAAUAAGCAUACAGUUUUUUGUCAAAGGAAGAAGCGGCAAUCUAAACAACCUAAACCAGCAGAUGAAACUGAAGGUAGCGAGGAUGUUAUUGAAUGUUUAGCACCAGAAGAAGAGAUUGAAAGUCUUGAUUCUAAAAAAGCCGAAGUCAGUGUAAUGGAAAAAGAUGUAGAAAAGAAUGAGUUUGUUGAAAAAGUGGAAGUAGCGAAGGAUAAACUAGUAGAAAAAGAGUCAUUAGACACUGUCAAAGAGAAACCUAUAGAAGUAAUAAAAAUUGAAGAACCAGAAAUUUUAUUACCAAAAUUAGAAGCGAAGCCUCCAGAAUCACAAGCGCCCCGUACAAAAAACGAUUUAGUGAUAGUAGAAACUUCUCAUAAAGAAGCAACAGCUGAAAUGUCUGAAAAGAUAAAAAAAUCAGAACACAAAGAUUGUACUAAGAUACACGAGACGCCUAAAAAGAAAAUUUUAAUUAAAGAUAAAACUGCGAGUGCUGCCAAACGUCCUAAAGCUACGGCUCCUUCUACAUCAGUCACUGCAGAGAUAAAACCAGUAACAGAAUCGAGCGAUGAGGACGAAAUCCGGUAUAUGCUCAACCCAAACUUUAAAGUCGAAGAUGUCACCGAAGAAAAAGUCUUCAUGAAAGUCAGAGCCAAGAAGCGUAGUUCUCUUCAAAUAGAACGACCAGACUCUAAAGACCUAAUGAAAAGGCGAACGUCAUUACAACAUCCACCCAAAAUACCGCGACUCAAAUCAAAAUCAAUGGAGGCAAACAUAACAGUAAAAAAAGAAGUAAAAACUCCCAAAGUAGAACCAGUGCCUUCAACGGAUUCUGACGAUAGUGAAACUACAAAAUACUCCUUUCCAUCGACCAUUCCUGAAAAAUCGACUAAGCCUGCACAAAAUCGGACGCCUAAAAAUUCACGAAAGAAAUCAAUCGUUGAUAAGAGAAAGACAUUAAGUGGGAUAGCUAAAAGGAAAUCUUUGGGUAAAGCAGUCACAGCCAGGCACAAACUAACACCUGUGAAGCAAGUUAAGAAAAGAACGUUGGAUGCGGAGCACCGUUGCGACUGCGGGCAGUUGUUCAGUAGCGCAGCCCUGCUGUCGCGCCACACCACGCUCGCGCACACACCCCCAAGAAUAAGGCGCCGGCGAUCGCCGCCGCCGGAUGACAAACCUAUACCCAAGGAGAAACCUGCAGCCAAACUAGCACCGCGCAAGUCUACCGCGCCAGAGAACCCCAAGUCAAACAAGUCACCGCAAGUCGCUGCGACUAGAAAAUCCAACGUUAGAAGCGUCAGUACCGCGUCAAAUGUAAAGUUAACGAAAAGCGAGAUCAAAACUGGAAAGAAAACCUUGGAAAGAAAUACAAAGACGCCGAGCGAUGCUAAAAAAGCUAAAUCUGAGAAGCAUGAAGAAGAAUCGAGCGUCAAAUCUAGAAGGACGGCCGCCCACCGAGGCGUCCCCGUUCCAGAAAAGAUGAAAAAACUCCUGGGAAAGACCAAGUAA